AUGUCUGACGACGAUGAUUUCAUGCAGGAUUCCGGUGAUGAGGAAUAUGACUUCGAAUACGAGGAUGCCGAUGAGGAUGACGAGUCUGGCGAUAUUGGAAUCGAGAAUAAAUACUAUAAUGCCAAACAGAUAAAGGUGGACAGUCCGGAGGACGCGAUCGAUGAAUUCCUGGGGGUACCUACCUUAGAACAGGACAAGGGCGAUUGGGGGUUCAAGGGACUCAAACAAGCCAUCAAACUCGAGUUCAAGCUUGGAAGAUAUGGAGAUGCAGUUGAACACUAUCGCGAAUUACUCACCUACGUCAAGUCGGCCGUCACCCGCAACUACUCCGAAAAGUCGAUCAAUAACAUGCUUGAUUACAUAGAGAAGGGCUCAGACGACGACAAGGCUUAUCAGUGCAUGGAGGAAUUCUACUCCCUGACCCUCAACUCCUUCCAAAAUACGAACAACGAGCGUCUGUGGCUGAAGACCAAUAUCAAACUAGCUCGCCUCUGGUUAGAACGCAAGGCUUUCAACCAGCUGAUCAAAAAGGUGCGAGAGUUGCACCAAGCAUGUCAACGGGAGGACGGUUCGGACGACCCCGGCAAAGGGACCUAUCUACUGGAAUUAUACGCCCUGGAAAUCCAAAUGUAUGCACAGACGAAAAACAACAAGCGACUCAAGGCUUUGUACCAGCGUGCGCUCCGUGUACGGUCGGCCGUGCCACACCCCAAAAUCAUGGGAAUCAUCCGCGAGUGUGGAGGAAAAAUGCACAUGAGCGAGGAGAACUGGGAGGAGGCGCAGAGUGACUUUUUCGAGUCAUUCCGCAAUUAUGAUGAAGCGGGAUCGAUGCAACGGAUCCAGGUUCUCAAGUACCUUGUGCUGACAACGAUGCUAAUGAAGUCGGAUAUCAACCCAUUUGACUCGCAAGAGACGAAGCCGUACAAGAGCGACCCCCGCAUUUCUGCCAUGACCGAUCUAGUGGAUGCAUAUCAGCGUGACGAUAUCCAUGCAUACGAAGCGAUCCUGAGCAAACACCCGGAUGUACUGGCGGAUCCGUUUAUUGCGGAGAACAUUGACGAGGUCAGCCGCAACAUGCGGACCAAGGCGGUUCUCAAAUUGAUCGCCCCAUACACGCGGUUUUCGCUGAAAUUUAUCUCGAAGAACAUCAAGAUAUCCGUUCCGGAGGUGCAGGACAUUCUGAGUUUUCUGAUCCUCGACAAGAAGCUCAACGCUAAAAUCGACCAAGAGAGUGGGACCGUUGUGGUUGAGAGUGCUAGCGACGUGGAUCGACUACGAUCUCUCCAGGAGUGGAGCUCGUCGCUACGAACGCUUUGGCAGACGACACUGAACGACGGGGACGGGUUCAAGGUCGAUGAGGCCUCGCAACUUCACGGGAUGUCAGCAGGAGGCAUGUUCCAAUCGGGGUUUGGAGACGAGACCCCGGUGGGUAUGCGAGCUGGCAAUCCCCGACGGGGCGGGUGGAAGGGCAAAGCGUCGACUGGGCCUGGAGGGAAGACAGGAACGGGGGUGGUGUAUUAG